UUACCACUUCCAGUUUCCAGUUCGUGUUUGUUGCCCGUGAAGGAUGCCUUCUGCCAACCCCAAACUAGAGAAACAGGCCUCUACGGAGACCGUGGAACCCCUACGCCAAGCGAUUAUCGUAAUCGAGCACAAGAUACGGAAUCUCGAGAAGCGUAAGGGCAAGCUCGAGUCGUAUAGGGAUUUGCAGAAAAAUGGAAGGGAAUUGAAUUCAGACCAGAAGAUAGCUGUGGCCAAAUAUGACGAAGUGUCUCAAACAUUGGAUAUUACUCGAGAUCUGUACAAACAAAUCAUCAACAUUGCCAAUGACUCGGCUAAGCAGCAGAAGAAACUAGCACGAAAGGAGGCUGUCGAGCGCAUGCAACAGGAUAUUUCAAAAGUGAAAGAAGUGCUACUUAUUCAACACAUCUUAAUGAGGCUGGCUACUGAUUCAAUUAGAAAUGACUUUACUCAUGGAACAAACGGGGCUGUAAAACUGUCAGAGGAGGAGUUAAAGUACCUGGAGAGCUUAUAUAUUGAAGUUAUUAUGAAACAACGCGAGGAAGAUGAUUCGACAUUUGCACAACAAGCCCAAAAAGUAGCUGAGCAUUAUGUGGCAAUUGUGGAUGGAAAGCAACGUGAAGUUGUCGGCACUACUUAUAAUAAAUUGAAGGAGAUUAUUAUAAAAAUUAAUCAAUGUGGUUACUUUGAUCAAGUUCAUGAAUGUUCAGAGGCAACACCAGUAGAGGAGGUGACAGAAGCUGUAGUGGAAACGAAGCUUACCGAUCCACAGACAGGACAGGAACAAGUCAACGAGGAAUACAAUAACGGCAACGACAGGCACAUUCCACCGGAACCUAUGAUACCCAUUCCAAACUUUCCAGUCCAAGUUGCGCCGCUCCCCGUUGUUUCUGGUGCCGCUCCAGUCUCGGGACCCAUUUCGGUCGUUCCACAGCCUAUGCCGCCUCAUCCUGCCGCUCCGGUCGAGACCCCUUAUUAUACAAACGCCACCAAUUUUGUUCCGCAACAGCAGCAGCAAACUCAACAGCAAUCUCAGCAACAGCCUCCAUCGGCACCUCGAAUUAAUGAUGUUAUAGGCACACCAAACUUUUUCUUCUUACAAGAAUCUGAACUCGAUUCGCCGGAUGUCACGUCGCAAACACCCAUCGUCUCGCACAUUCCUCCCACAGUCAACGCACCCAUUCCUACACAGACCUUCACGAACCAAAACUUCGCGAACGCACCCGUAGGCGUCCCUCAGCAAGUCAUAUACCAGCACCAACCACCGCAGGAUAUGUCGCACAUUCCUGGAUUCGCAAAUCCUAAUCCACCACCACCGAUCCCGAUGCCGCCUUCACAUCAACAGCCAAACAUGCAAUACAGCCCGCAACAUCCGACCGGUUUUCAACCUCCGCAAACACAGCAGCAACAAACGCUGCAACAACUGCCACAAGGGCAAACGCAAAAUUUCAACGAACAAAGAUCACCGCAUCAACAAGAAACUCAAAUAUCUACAGUUACAGGAAAAACUGAAAAUAGUCAAAAUGAAACUACUACGGACUCAUCGUUGGAACAACAGAAUGAAUCUGUCGAUUGGUGUCAGAUGACUGAGACCAAUGAUUGGAGUCAGUCUGAUCAACAACAGCAAUCUAUUCAAGAUCCCCAGCAAGUAUCACAACAACAGACAUCGCAGCAACCUUGGGGCGAUCAACAACGUGGAUAUAGAGGAAGAGGAAAUAGAAGGGCUACUAAUGGCUAUAAUAGUAGAAGCAGGAGUAAUUAUCAACAAAAUGGACGCGCAGGACAAGGCACAUACUAUCGCAACGAUAAUAACUAUCAGAACGGAUAUCAACAACGUUCUUGGGGCAACAACGAUGGAAAUAACGGAUAUGGCACUGGCUUCAAACGUACCAGCGGCGGAGGAGCGAGGGGAGGUGCGCGUAACGACCGCGUUGGUCGCGGACAAUACCGAGGGCAGAACAGGACCAACCGUGGUGCAUAUACACCACGCAGCAAGCCUCAUUCCGCGCAAUAGGCAAGAGAGGAAAACGCUAGCGUAAAUACACAGUGAAACACACUAUAAAAAUAAUGUUCUGCGAUUACAAUUCAACUGUCUAUUUAUGAAAAAGCUUAAGUCGAGAAUGCAUUUGCAAUAUGAAGUGAGAUUUCAAAGUAGCACCGCAUGAGUAUUAAUAUGCAAUAACUUCGAUUUGAUUACAUGUAGUUUCAGUAAUGCAAUAACAAAUGUUACAUGGUUUUUUUUUAUCUAUUACUUGCACAUGCAUUAACUUUGAGAAGAUGAGAUUAGAGUUGCACAAUAUAGUUUUGCAUAUAGUGUAAUUUCUCAUCUAAAGUUAUAUGAUAACAAAUUUGAAGAAUCUUAUCUUAUGUUGGGAUUUGCUGAGACUUGCGGCUUAGGAUAUUUCUUAAAUAUGACAUUGAAAAAGUAAAAACUUUGCAUUUGAAUUUGGUGUCUGUAAUUAUGAAGAGAAGAUUAAUGUUAAUAAAAAAAGACGAUGCAGAGAUACA